CCCUCUAAUGACUUUCACGUGCAGUUUUCGCUCCAAAGAUCUUCAAUAUCUAAUUAGCUGCUCAGUGUAGCUGAACGAGCUCUUAGAGACAAGGUCGCAAUGACGAUGUCCACGUUUGCAGUCCUGGUUCUUCUCGUAAUCACCUUCACGUACAGUGUAGCUGCCGACAACAAGCCGGAGCAAAUUCACAUCGCUUACACCGGUAUUCUCAGCGAGAGAAUUGUGAAUUACGUAACGCCGUCGCCGGAUUUACAGCCGGAGACAGUCGUGGCUUAUGGUAGCAGCCCAGAUAAGUUAACCAGAAAGGAAACUGGAACAUCUUUUAAGUUUGGCACUCACGAGGGACAUUAUUUUAUGAUUCAUAAUGUGAAGUUGACAGGUCUUGAGCUUAACAAGCGCUACUACUACCAAGUUGGUGUGCCAGACAAUGGGACCAGUGACGUCAUGUCUUUCUUUACCAAAGAUGGCAACCCAGUUUUUGCGAUCUAUGGCGAUAUGGGCUACGUAAAUGCAGUCAGCCUGGAUCGACUGAAAAAAGAAGCAGACGAUGGAGGUUUUGAUGCUGUAAUUCAUGCUGGAGACCUUGCUUAUGACAUGUAUGAAGGAGAUGGAACCAUCGGAAAUGAGUUUAUGAACUCUAUUCAGCCCAUAGCCACUAAAGUGCCCUACAUGGCUCUACCAGGAAACCACGAGCAAAUGUAUAACUUCACUCACUUCGUUCACCGUUUCUCCAAUAUGGAACUGGGCGUUGGGCAAACGAGCGGAAGUGGUACCAGUCUUUGGUGGAGUAUGGACAUAGGACUUAUUCAUUUCGUGGCAUUCGACUCGGAGGUCUACCACUAUUAUCGUGAUAAGGGUCAAAUUCAAAGACAAAUCAAUUGGCUGGAGGCUGACUUAAUCAAGGCAAACCAAAACAGAGAGAGGACACCAUGGAUUGUGUCUCUUGCUCAUAAGGCGUGGUUUAUGGAGAAGACAGACUUUUCUGUAUUUGGUCCACUUCUACAUAAGUAUGGUGUGGACUUACAUUUAUGCGGCCACGCGCAUAACUAUCAGCGCCUCUACCCAACUUACAACGACAGUGUGGAGUAUCCAACAGACAAUCACGUUUAUGUAAAUCCUAAGUUCAAGACAGUCAUUGUAGCGGGAUCUGCUGGAUCUCCCGAAAAACUCUCCAACUGGACUCAUGCGCCUGAAAGAAUGUCGGCAAAAUACAUCUACGACUAUGGCUAUGGUCACUUACAGGCAAUGAACCAAACCCAUUUGUACUGGAGCUGGGAGAACACACACGAAAACGUCCGGCCCGUAAUGCAAGACUACCUUUGGAUCGUACAGGAGCACCAUGGCCCUCGGCCCAGUCUCUUUGAUGAGGAACAAUAUCAGGGUCUAAAAGAAUUGAAAGACGUUAAGUCAGAAAGCGUUGAAGUCUAAUUGUUUUGGUCAAGAGCACGCAAAAUUAUAAUGCAACAAUCAGAACCUUGGCGAAAUAUCGGCUUGUUAGAACGUUUCCCUAAGAAAAAUGCAUUUUCUAAGUGUAUUCAAGAUUUAUUUAGUACCGAAUAAUUUCAGGAUACACGAGUCAAAUGAGUCGUUGUUAAAUCAAUUAUUAUUCUGUAGGUUUAAAAAUUAUUUUGUUUUUUAUAAGAAAAUUAAUCUUCCUCACUAAAAUCUUUGAGUAUUCAGUUGCCUUAGCUAGUGUUUUUGUUAUUCAUAAUCACCGCAUCUCCUGGAAACUCUCGGCUUCGUCCGCAGAUAAUCAUAACCAUUACAAUUUCCUCAAAUGUAAUUGGUGCAUAAACUGCUUUAUUUUUCACGAAUUAUUCUAUACAGUUGUAAUUGGACGGUGAAAUCGGAAAGUUGGCUGUAAUUGGACACCUGUAAUUGGACAGCUAUAGCAACCAAUCAUACUAAGUCCACUCAGCUAAAUCCACCAAUCACAAAAUUGACCACAAUAACCAUAUCAGCAACCACUUAUCCUAAAAGAAAACUGGGGAACUUCCAAAAUAGAGGAAUUUUCACUUCAGACGCUCUCUCUACUGGAGAUAUUUUCCCUAAAUCUAUUUCUUUUUUUCUUUUUUUCGGAAAUUGUAAUGGCUAUAAUUAAUUGGUAACAGAACUUCGUGUCGUCCAAUCGUUCUGUAAUCAUACUAGUGAUUGAUAGAUCGGACUCCCGCUUCGCGGUUGUCCGAUUUUGUUAUUAGGGAACUUUAACAUCACGUUUACGGCAAACGGCGAACCUGAGGAGGUCACGUGACCACCGCUUUGCCGUCACGUUUGCAGUUUGCGGUUCCACUUUCGACGGGAAGAAGGCGCUUCAGCCGUAAGUGACUUACGGGAAGGUUUUUUUGGCCAUUUAACGAAACCAACUUACGUUUGACACUUUUAGUAAGAAUUUUCUACCGUUCAUGGAUCCAAAUGUCGUUUUUAGUGAUUAAAAAAACAAUGUAUUUUGCAUGA